AUGAAGAAGGAAGUAGCUUGGGGUUCCUUGGAUCUCAUCCAAAGUAUUGAAGAUGACCCCCUUCUGGACAGCCAUCAUCUCCCACAUCACUCAUUACACACUCAUUUUAGGCCCAGAUUCCAGCCUCUUCCUACAGUCAUCAUUGCAAAUCUUCUCUUGUUGAUACAUAUUGUGUUUGUUGUUUUAGCAUUUUUAACAGGUGUGCUUUGUUCUUACCCCAAUCCAAUUGAGGACAAGUGCCCAGGAAACUAUACGAACCCAUUGAAAGUUCAGACAGUCAUAAUACUUGGAAAAGUUAUUUUGUGGAUUCUGCAUUUCCUCCUUGAACAAUACAUCCAGUAUCACCACAGCAAAGUAAGAAACCGAGGCUAUAACAAGAUCUACCGGUCAACAAGGCAUCUUAAAAGCCUUGCGCUGAUGAUACACUCCACUGGCAACACGGCGCUACUCCUCCUGCUCUGCUUGCAGCACUCCUUCCCCGAGCCCAGUGCGCUGUACCUGGACCUCAUUCUGGCCACCCUGGCCGUGGAACUGGUCUGUUCCCUGACGUGCCUGCUCGUGUACACAGUGAAAAUUCGAAAAUUUAAUAAAGCCAAGCCACAGCCUGAUGUACUUGAAGAAGAAAAAAUCUAUGCUUACCCCAGCAAUAUUACCUCGGAGACUGGAUUCAGGACUCUCUCAAGCCUGGAAGAGAUUGUGGAGAAGCAAGGAGACAUCAUAGUGUACCUGAAGCGGCACAAUGCCCUGCUCAGCCAGCGUCUGCUGGCCUUCACGUCCUCUGACCUCAGCUCUCAGCCAAGUGGGAUUUGA